UAUUAAACAGAAAUAGAGUUCCAGGUCACACUUUAUUUGGUUAGUUCCAAAUAAAUGAUUUACAGAUAGGCAUACGUUGAACCAACGAUCUGUUGAUAAGCAACUGCUUGCUAAGAUUAGGGUUCGUUUAGAAUUCGGGUAAGGGUUACGUUUAUGGCUCGGUUAGGAUACGGGUAUGGCUUAGGGUUAGUGGAUGGCGGUAGUUAGUUGAAAUGUUGACAGUUAUUGAACAUCUACAAACCAUCUACUUGGGACUAUCCAAAUAAAGUGUUACCUAAUUCCAUUCUAAAACCUGCAUAAUGUCGUUCUGCAGAUAUGGGUCAUAAAGAAUCCCAUCUCUAUGCGACCGGGAGGGUCACAAUGCCGACGGUUCAAAUCGAACUCCAGAACCAGAGAGUUAUGUUCAGAACUCUCAAGAAAUCUCCAGUUCUUGAUAGACAAACAACGAGAGAUACAGCAUUAGCGAGAGAGACAGCAUGAUGGCGAGCUUUUCAUUCAUUCUCCCUGAAGACGGACAUUGUUCUUUUAAGGACAACGACGUUAACUCAGGGUGGAUCUCAAUGGUGACCCAACUCAACACCCUUGAAGGUCCAGAGUCAAAGAGUCAGAACAUCCGUCUGAGCUUUGCAGAGGAACUUGGUGACAAGUACCACUACGCGAAUGCCAUUGACAGCUCUCUGCUCUGGACUAUUGGGUACACCCCCUACAUUCCCCCAGCUCUGAAAGGAAGAAGCUUCCCCUCUGUCGAGAGCUUCUUCCUGGAUGAGUGGGAGCCACUGACACUCCUGCAGACUCCUCAGGUUCUGUCCACCAGUGUUUCCAUCGAGGAAGACAACCUGAUCCAGUCUGCUGCAGGCCUAGUGUCUCAGGUUCUGUCCACCAGUGUUUCCAUCGAGGAAGACAACCUGAUCCAGUCUGCUGCAGGCCUAGUAUCUCAGGUUCUGUCCACCAGUGUUUCCAUCAUGGAAAAUGACCUGAUCCAGUCUUCUGCAUGCCUAGUGUCUCAGGUUCUGUCCACCAGUGUUACCAUCAUGGAGAAUGACCUGAUCCAGUCUGCUGCAGGUCUAGUGUCUCAGGUUCUGUCCACCAGUGUUACCAUCAUGGAGAAUGACCUGAUCCAGUCUGCUGCAGGCCUAGUGUCUCAGGUUCUGUCCACCAGUGUUACCAUCAUGGAGAAUGACCUGAUCCAGUCUGCUGCAGGCCUAGUGUCUCAGGUUCUGUCCACCAGUGUUGCCAUCGUGGAAAAUGACCUGAUCCAGUCUGCUGCAGGCCUAGUGUCUCUGGUUCUGUCCACCAGUGUUGCCAUUGUGGAGAAUGACCUGAUCCAGUCUGCUGCAAGCCUAGGUUCCCUGGUCCUGUCCACCAGUGUUGCUAUUGUGGAGAAUGACCUGAUCCAGUCUGCUGCAGGCCUAGUAUCUCAGGUUCUGUCCACCAGUGUUGCCAUUGUGGAAAACGACCUGAUCCAGUCUGCUACAAACCUAAUGUCUCAGGAUGAUGACUCCACACUGAGAGACUCCAACCAACCUGAGAUCCACGUGGCUGAUGUCUCAACCAAGAGAAAGUUGCCUUGUUGCUCUACAUGA